AUGAGUGAAUUAACCGCAAAUAACUACCAAAAAGGUGACCAUUUUCCAGCUCGUGCAGACCCCAAUAUAUUGCGUGUGUAUUACAAUCAACCAUGCCCAUUCUCGGAAAGAGUGCGCUUGGUAUUAACGGCCAAAGGCAUAGAACACGAGAAAAUAGCGAUUAAACUGCGGUCCAAACCCGAGUGGUUUCAAUCGGUGAACCCUUCGGGCAAAAUACCGGUCAUUGAGUUCGGGGCCGACAAUAGGCGGCUAACGGAGUCGCUGGUGAUCGCCGACUAUCUCGAAGCCGCCUUUCCGGACACUCGACGCUUACAACCGGACGAUCCGUACGAGAGGGCCAACGAUCGGGUGUUUAUUGAGAUACUUUUGGCGGCUAUUUUCAAAAUACCCUUCAUAUACACAGUCGAGAAUUUGUCCGAAAACUGGUCACAAAUAGCGGCCACUUUGAAACCAGUGGACAUAUUGGUGGCCGAACGGCGCGGCAAUAAUAAGUUUUUAUCCGGCGCGGGAAAUGUGCCAAAUCUGGUCGAUUACGCCGUCUGGCCAUUCAUUAAAGCGGUGCCACAAAUAGCAGACAUCGCCGGCUAUGACUCCGACGAUUAUCUGCGCCAAGAGUUGCCCGCAAUUCACGAUUACAUGGGUUGCAUGUCGAGUGACCCGACUGUAUUGCAAACGGAAGUGAUUGAAGACAACGAGUGUUGUGUCCGACGAAGACAUGGGUUCGCGAAGAAGUGA